CUCAGGUUGGGAGGGAGGGAGCGUUUACAGCACGCAGCAAAACUCCGACACACACCACCUCUGUGUUACUCCUGAACACACAGAGGUUUAGUACAGGUGUGACAGAAGACUCAGUCCACCAACUCGACAGUCCACCGAUUAAUUAGACCCUAACCCUGGACCUGAUCCUCGAGUUACAGCCAGCUGAUUUUGUCCAGCUGCAUUGUGUGACGCGACCAUCCUGGUGUCGGUCAACAUUCAACAGCUCCAACAUGCCUACUCUGCGACACUCAUACACGGUGACAACACCGGAGGAACCAGCGGCCCAUCAACCCACGGACAAGAGCGACCAGCGGCGGAAGAGUCCUCCGUCCUUGUCCCGGUCCAAGCUGGUGUCCACAUUCAUGGGUCUCAUUAUCAACCAGGCCAAGAACAAGAGCCCUCAGGGCCUGGUGGGACUCAGGAACCUCGGCAACACAUGUUUCAUGAACUCCAUCCUUCAGUGUCUGAGUAACACUCCUGAGCUGAGAGAUUACUGCCUGAGAAACAUCCACCGCACAGACCUCAACAACAACAGCAGGACAAAUGCCGCUCUCAUGGAAGAGUUUGCAAAGCUGACUCACAGUCUUUGGACGUCUGAGAACAACGAGGCCAUCAGCCCGUCUGAUUUCAGGAACCAGAUCCAAAGAUAUGCCCCCAAAUUUGUGGGCUGCAAUCAGCAGGACGCCCAGGAGUUUCUCCGCUUCUUAUUGGAUGGUCUCCACAAUGAAGUGAACAGAGUGACAGUCCGCCCUAAGGUGUCUGUCGAGGACUUUGACCAUCUUUGUGAUGAGGAAAAAGGAAAGAAAAUGUGGAAUAUGUAUCUGGAGAGAGAGGACAGCAAAGUUGUAGAUUUAUUUGUCGGACAGCUGAAAAGCUCUGUGACCUGCACCGUCUGUGGCUUCCGCUCCACGGUGUUUGAUCCGUUCUGGGACCUGUCCAUUCCUGUAGCACAGAAGAGCUCUGGUGAAGUGACUCUCAAAGACUGUCUGAGGCUCUUUACUAAAGAGGACGUGUUGGAUGGAGAAGAGAGACCGACAUGCAACAAAUGCAAAACCAGGAGGAAAUGUACCAAAAGAUUCAGCAUACAGAAGUUCCCUCAGAUCCUCGUGCUUCACUUGAAGCGAUUCUCAGACUCCAACAUCCGAACCACCAAGCUGUCCACUUACGUUAACUUCCCUCUCAAAGAGCUCGACCUGCGGGAGUUUUCCUCAGAGAGUAGUGAGCGUCCUGUGUACAACCUGUACGCCGUGUCCAACCACUCGGGGAACGCCUUGGGAGGUCAUUACACAGCGUACUGCAAGAACCAGGCACUUGGCGAGUGGUACAGCUACAAUGACUCCAGGGUGUGCCCUGUGUCCUCCAGCCAGGUCCGCAGCAGCAACGCCUACGUCCUCUUCUACGAGCUGAGCCCCUCCUCGCACAGCAAACACCAGAUAUGUCGUCUGUAGAUGAUGCUGGACCUAACAUGGACCUAACAUGGAGACGAGAUACUGCCUGCUGCAAGAGGAGAGAGCUCCACCUGGUGGGGAAAGUACUGCCAUUACAGACUGAAAUGAGGUGGAGCACAUAGAAAAACACACUUUCUUCCUUUUGGUGUGUUUUUGGAGGGUUAGGGUGGAUGUGGAGCACAUUUGCACUGGGUGAACUGAAUGACACUGAACAUCGAUACUUAAAUUGUAAAAAAAAAAAAAAAAAAAAGUGUGUAUAAAGUCAGCUCAAGGCACAGCUGUGACUCAAUGUUUAGGAAUUGCUUCUUUAAAUGAACCAAUUUUUUUGUUGUUUAUUUUUUGCAUCUGUGCCGAGACCUGAAUCUAUACGCUCUUAUUUCUUUUGUUAAUGCACUUUCACAUGGACAUUUGUGUGUGUGGACACAAAGGAAACUCCAGAAAUCCCACACAUAUGUGAGAUAGAUUAUUCUAUUUAAAAUGAUGCUAAUAGAUGAAAGUGUGCACUGUAAAUGUCAUUUACCAAGGCCUUAUGAUUUCCUCGUCGAGGAGCAGAAAUCCACCAAUAGAGCGAGUUUAUCGUGUGCCAGAGCUCCUUUUAUUUUUGUACAGUAUUUAUGGACAGCACAGUGAAUGUACCUGUACUGUGGUGAAGCCAAACAAACCAAAGCAGCUGUGUAAAAAUGCUCAAACAAUACUUCCUUCAGCAAUAAUGUUGCUGACUUUGCCUCGUAGUCAAGAGUGUAUAAAUGAUUAAAAAUCAAUGUUAGCUUA